AAAUCUGUCUCGCUGUCUUUUAACUUCCGAUCAUCAUCACUCAUGGACGUGCUGCACACUUUUCUAGUGGCUCUCUUAGGAGUUGCAUCCUGCAGUCAUGAAUGGAUCUCUGGAUCAGUGACAGUCAGACGAGGAGACAACAUCACUCUGUACUGUGAUUGUAAACCAUCAACUGGUGUACACAUAGUGUGGUACAGGAACUGCUCUGUUGAGAACCACCCUUCCCUUGUCAUUAAAAUAGACCUCAGUUUAUACAGAUUAGCAUACAAUCAGGGCCAGGACACCAAAGAUCCUCUGAAGAUUGUUCCUGGUUUUCAAUUUGUGAAAAACUCUUCUUCUGAUUCCUAUGACCUGCUGAUCAUGAACAUCACUGAUUCUGAUGAGGGACUCUACUACUGUGGAACUGAACAGAGAAGUAUAGAGGAUAAAGAAUUCAUUGGCUCUGAAACUAUUUACAGAAACGGCAACGUCACAACAAGGAUCUCGAUCAGUCCAGACUCCAGCGAGCUGGUGCUGUUCUCCUUGUGUCCAGCUAUUGCUGUUGUAUCCUCUCUCUUCUCCUCUCUCCUAUCUUCUCUUCUAGUUUAUCAUCUCUGUCAGAAAAAAGCUCCACAACCUGAUCAGCAAACACCUCAAAGAAGACAGCAUGGGGAUGAAGAUGUGUGCUAUGCUGCACUGGAAAUCCAACAGACAUCACACAGACCACAGAAGAAGAAGAUCCAGAGUUAUGACUUAAGCACCUAUUCAUUAUGUACCUACGUGUGUGUGGUCCGUACCCAACAUGGUGCAACUUUUUAAUCUUUCUCAAUACAGCAUGAUGUUCAUUUAGUAGAUUAUUGUCCAUUUAGAGUCAAAUAGACCAUAGGGAGAAUUGUGCUUUAGGGCGGGGCUUACUGUGAUUGACGGACUGCAAAUCAAUUUCCAAUCUUUUUUAUAUUACUUCUUCCCCCACUUUAGUACCUGCUGUGAUGAGCACUGUGUAGUCAUCAUAUCCCUCCUUUUUUCUCCCAGUCUGGGAGUUGUUCCACCUUCAACUCUUUCCCAGUGUGUUUUCAGCCCAUCGCUAAAAUAAACAAGAUCGAGACAGAAAAAACAUACAAGUUGAUGCUUCACAGCGACAGUCUGCAAACAAAUGGGUGAAUUCACGGGGGGGGAAGCAUCCGCUUCUUUUAUCACAAAUAAUAUAUUGCAUUGUCUAAUGAUGAGUAAUGAUGAAUCUUACCAUGUCUUUUAAGGGAAAUAGAGCAUUCUUUCACUUUAUUGAUGGCUUCUAGAUGUUAUGCCGAUAAUACUUUCGCUUUUUGCUUAAUAUCCGUGGAGCAUUUAUAAUAAAUAAAAUGUUUUUAAAAC